AUGUCUAUCUAUGGUACAGAUGACCCUGGUGGUGCCGAGAUGCGUGCCUCGGCGAAAUUGAUUGUAUCGGAUGCGUCGCUCUGUUGCACAUGGCAGUGUACAUGUGGCAUGUUCAGGCGCCGAAGAGGAUGGAGAUUGGGCCAUGAGGAAGCCUGGGUUGCUGAGAGCGGCCAAGACCAGGCUGAAGGCUGGGAGGAGGAAGCCGUGACUGGCGGCGAAGCUGCCCACGCUGCAGAGGCAUCGGAGAAGGAUGCGUGGGACGAGGAAGUGGGGCCGGGUGAGGGCGAGGAGAAUGAGGCCCAGGGAGAGGCACGGGAGCAGGAGGUAUGGCCGGAAGAUGAGGAAUGGCCUGCUGACCCAGAUGCUGAUGAUGAGCAGCAAGCAGGUGUGGACCCAUGGGCGGAUCCUGGAGCCUGGGCUGCCAAUGAAGGUGUUGAAGAUGGCGAGCAGGCCGAUGACGAAUGGCAGAAUUGGAUGUUGCAUGGGGACUUCGACUCUGCCAUGGCCGCAGCUAUGGCCCGCAAUGGGCCAGUCCCAGAGCCAAUGCCUGAACCGUCCCUGCCCGCUACCCCAGUCUCCAAGCCUCCUUGCAAGAAUGCCUCCCCCAAAUCUUCCACGCCGCUGCCGCUGCCCAGAAAGAAACGCGAGGCUGGGGCGGCGAAAUCCAAGGUCGACGAGGAAGAGAUUGACCCAGAACAAAUUAAGCGUUAUGACUUGUGGUGGUCGAAGUACAAAGUAAAAAAAGAUCACCGAGCUGCGAUGCCUGCCCCUGCCAUGGUCGACGCUCCGGAUGACCCAGACUUGAUUAUGCAG